CUGGGCGGCGGAGAAAAACCCUAGAUCGAGAAAUUCGGAGUCGUUCGAGUGGUGGAAGGGCAAGGUCGGAGGGGAUCCCAGAUCCUUUGCGGAGGUUGCGACCGCUAAGGUACCACCUCCUCCCAUGGCGACCGAGGUGGGGCGCGGGAACCGUGGAGGGGGCGGAGCGGGACAUGCGAACCGCGGAGGAGGGCGGCAACCUGGCCGUGGCAACGGCCGCGGAGGCGACCGCAGCAAGUUCUCAUGGAAGCGGGACGAGGGAAGCGGCCACACAAACUCUAAAUCCUCCACAAUCAUGCCGGCCUCGGAGGGCGCCUCGCGGUGGGACGAGGCGGCGGCGCCCAAGCAUCGCGACCAAGACGGCGGGAUCUGGGUGCAGAAGGCCAAGGAAUCGUCUGAAUCUGGCGGCAUCUCCACCGGACAUCAAUCUGCUUCACCUCGGCGCCACAUACAUGGAAUACAAAACCCUGCUCAGGUUUGAUGACAGGAGAUGAUCGAGAGAUGAUGGAGCACGGAGCCAAGAUGCUGAGGACCAAUGCGUCGAACAUGAUGCGGAUCUGUGCAGCGCCGAGGGGAACCUCAAACUGAGAGCUGAAGCGUUUGCUGCUGAAAGAUAGUUCGUUUGCUCCUGCGUGAGUGCUUAACUAUAUCUGGAAAAAUAGUCCUUUCGCCCCUGCGUGGGCUCAUGGUUUAUGUCCUGGAGUAACCCUCCUAAAACUUGUUGGAAUUCUCCUGGUUAGAGUUAGUCGGCUGGUUUUAGGGUGUCGUUGGGUUUUCGCCCCAUGGUGAGCUGCUCGAUGAUGAGUGCUCAUUGUGGGUUUCCCAGCGGUGCUUUGAGCUCGCUUCCCCUUUCUAGGUCUCCUUUUGAACUCUU